GUGAAUAAAUUGGCUUGUCUGGAGGUCAGAAUAAGCUAUGUGUGCUUAACAUAGCAACCGACACUACAGGUUCCGUGUUACAUGUCAGUAAUAUAUAUCUGAAAUCCUCAGGAGACGAUUUUUUGAUUACUUUCGAUCUUUCUGAGCAUACUCUAUCAAAAUGUACACAGCGAGCUCUUCCCAAACGCAUAGCUGAACACAGUCCUUUGUGAUUUUUAAAAGGCGAAUGAAGAACAAUCAAUAGUUCAAUACUGGAAUAUCUUGUGAACUUUGGUUACACUGACCCAUCAGAUAUAUCUUUCAAUAUCAUCUAUACAGUUGGAUGAUUUGAUUUAAGAAUAGUGCAUACAAUAACUUGUCCACUGUAGAUGCUGAAGAUGCCACAGGUAUUCGUUGUUUGACAACGCUUGAACCAGUAACACUUUCUAAUAUGAAUCGUACCCACCAAGUGGAAUCAAAAGACAGAGGCUAAAGAGGUUUGAAGAUAUGUUUGAUAGGCUAUCAAUAUAUCAAGCAUUGUCUGAUCUAAUCUGGCUAGCGAUUGUAGGGGUUGUUAAGCACGGCGAUCCCACACGUAAUCUGGUGCGGAUGCAUGACCGAGCGCCUUCAGCUAGGUGAGUCCAUUAAAACCAAUGUGGUCGGCAUCCAAUGUCGAAGACUUACAGAGUUAUUUAUUUUGAGGAUUUAUUUACCGCUACAAGGCGUUAGAAAUUCAUCAGGCUGUAGGACAAACUAAUAGUUGCCAAUCUAAUGUAUAUAAUUUUAAAAAUGAGUAAUAUUUAAUGCUCAAUACUGAAUGUAAGAGCACAAAAACAAACAAACGAACAAAUAAAUAAAUAAACAAUUUAUUCGUGAAAUAAUACUGAAAUGAAAUGAAUUCAUUACUAUUGUAUUGUUGUUGUUGUUGUUGUCUUUGGAUCAAUUAUACGAAUACAUGGUAUAUACUUGAAUUCACCAAUGAUCAUUUGAAUAAGUAAUAAUGUAUUAAAAUUAAUGAAUGCAAUGGCGUAAUGUAAUACUCUCUCUCUCUCUCUCUGUAUAUAUAUAUUUCGACCGAAAUGUACACCAUUCAUUUCAAUUUCAACAGAAUCAUUCUAUAGACCAAGGUAUGGGUAAUGUAAACUGAAUAUAUUCAAAAAAACGAUUGUUGAUAAUUUGUUACAUCACUAAUUUAUAUUGGAUAUUUUCAUUGAGAUAUAUGAAUUGAUCGUGAGUGAGCAGUAAUUUUAUUAAGACACGAGACUCAAUGUACUGGCUUGGAUUCCCAGUAGGUGACUGUCGUAGACGCACACUGCCAAAUCGUCUCAUUUAGCGACAAAACAGUCAUCUGUCUCGUGUCCUACAUUCGUUGGUUAGUGAUCUCAUCAAAGGUUUCAAUUAGUGACUUCGAUUCAAGCUUGUAAUGCAUAGUAGUCGAUUAAUUCACAAAUCAAACACUGAUGACAUUAAUGUACUUUCACACUACAAUCUGGUGUGCAUGCAACUGUUAUGUCAAUAAACAAUUUGUCAAUAAAUAACAAUUGUAUAUCUUACGUGAAUAUUUUCUCAACUAGAUGACAUGAAUGCGUUAGAAUGUGGCUUAUGAUAUUUCACUAAUGAAAGACUGUAAUCAGGGAUUGUUAUCAGUGCUUUAAUGACUGUUUUACAAUUUUCAGAUAAUAUCGCACAUUUCUGAUUAUCAAUCUUUCUAACUGACGUCCAAUCACUUCUGUAAUAAACAUCAUGCGUGAAAGUUUUGAUAUAGUUGUACGAAGUGAUAAAUAUACAUUGACAGUCAAAUUGUUGUACAGUGUUUCAAUUAUUCUAUUGAUCAUAUGGUUGAUGAACAUUUUACCAAGUCUUUUUCAAUGGAGAAUCAAUCAAGUCGAUCAUGAUGUAAUACCUAAAACAAUAGAAUUUUCGUGCAAUAAUAUAUCUGUUCCAAACGGGUCAGAAUCAGAUCUUGCUAGUAUAUUACACAAAAUAUAUUCCCCUAUCAGUAAAACAUCCGUUCAAAAAUACCCACUGAGAUAUAGUCUGGAAGAAAAUAGACUUGAGAAAUUAUAUGAUUCAUUGGGUGUGAAUAAGACGGUGAAGACGUUUCUCAACUAUGGGCAUCGUACAAUUUUUAGACCAAUGAACUUUUCAAAAUGUCAUGCUUCGAAAUGUGCAGUUAUCACUGACAUGAACAGAUGGCGAGAAGCUGAUGCACUUAUACUGACAGAAGAUAAAGUGCCAAAUGGAAUUCGACCUCCAGAGCAAUUAUGGUUUAGUUUAAUAGAAGAGUCGCCUGUACAUAUUGCUAUGGCAGGUACACUGGAAAAUGAAAUUAAUUACACUAUCUCCUUCCGUCUGGAUUCAACGAUUUACUCACCAUACGGUUCCUAUGAGCCAUACAUGAAGCACCAUGGUCCAGAAACACGAUAUCCUUUACCUUCUAGAAACUUCGCUACUGGGAAAUCAAAAAAGUUGCAUGGUUUGUGAGUAACUGUAUACCGAAAAGUCCAAGAAUGCAAUACGCCAAAGAACUUUCACGAUAUAUCCCGCUUGAUAUUUAUGGUCAGUGUGGCACGUUAUCCUGUCCAAAGUAUAAUCCGACUUUUACCUCAUCAGAUAGCUGCUUGAAAAUGAUUCGCGAAAAUUACAAGUUUUAUUUGAGCUUCGAAAAUAGUUUGUGUAGUGAAUACAUAACAGAGAAGUUGUAUAAAAAUUCAUUGAAAAACGAUCUACUUCCAAUUGUGAUGGGUGCAUCGAUAGAGGAAUAUGAAAGAGUCGCUCCUCCAUACUCGUUCAUUCACGUUGAUCAAUUCGAAUCACCAGGUAAACUGGCAGACUAUUUGAAGUAUUUGGACAAGAACGAUACUGCAUAUAAUGAAUAUUUUGCAUGGCACGGUCAUGGAAUCAUACAUGAUUACGAUGCCCAACCUCAAUGUGCAAUGUGUCUGCUAGGUCAUACAUCUCAUUCAUUUGGUCCAUAUUGGGUUCCUCGUGUGGCACGAUGGUGGAAUGAUGGAUGUAAUGGUCGGAAAUUGCGUUGGAAUCCAUGAAACAUGAAUAUUGAGAACAGAAACAUUGUUUUAUUGUGGACUGUAUUGAAUUGUAAUGUACAUAGUGCUUUCUGUGGCAUAGAACAAAUUACAUUUGAAAAUGGACAAUAUUUUACACAUAAUAACAAUUCUAAUAUUGAUGAAAAAUUCCCAUUAUAUUAAAAACACAAUUGUAUGAACGAAGAAUAUUCUUUUCAAUAA